UCUUCAUUUCAAACAAUAGAAAGAAAAUAUGGUGGUAAACGCAUUUAUGCUCCAACGCAAAUAUCCUCAGUUGCAAGUCAACGAUAUCAACAAACUUAUUGACCAGUUUAGCGAAAUCGACCUUGAUCAAGAUGGUUAUCUUGACCAAAAGGAAAUUCAAAAGGCUUGUAAAGAAACUGGUUACAGUGAUAAUUAUGAUGAAAUUCGUGCUACUUUAAAAGACGUUGUGACAAAUGCUUCUGGUAAAAUUGAUGUAGAAGAAUUUAUUGAGCUUGCAGCCAAGCUAAAAGACGGCCGUAACAAGGGAGCAUUUGAUGUCCACCAAAACAAGAUCAAGGUACACGGUACCAAUGCCAACACAACACACACAAUCAACGAUGAUGAACGUACUGAAUUCACAAGACAUAUUAACGGUGUUCUCGCUGGUGAUCGCCACAUUGGCUCUCGUUUGCCUAUUCCUACAAACACAAUGCAACUAUUUGACGAAUGCAGAGAUGGUCUCAUUUUGUGUAAAUUGAUCAACGAUGCUGUGCCUGAUACUAUUGAUGAACGUGUCUUGAACGCUGGCAAAAAAAUCAACAGUUUCCAAAUGGUAGAAAACAACAACAUUGUUAUUAACUCUGCUAAAGCCAUUGGUUGUUCUGUUGUCAAUAUCGGCUCCACUGAUAUCAUUGAAGGUCGUGAACAUUUGAUUUUGGGUUUGAUUUGGCAGAUUAUCAAGCGUGGUCUUUUGAGUAAGAUUGAUAUCAAGCAACACCCUGAAUUGUAUCGUCUUUUGGAAGAUGGUGAAACACUAGAUGAUUUGUUGAAGCUUCCUCCUGAUCAAAUCUUGUUGAGAUGGUUCAAUUACCACUUAAAGGCUGCUGGUUGGGAAAGAAGAGUCAACAAUUUCUCCAAGGAUGUAGCUGAUGGUGAAAACUAUACUGUCUUGUUAAACCAACUUAAGCCUGAAUCUUGCUCUCGUGCUCCUCUUCAAGAACGCGAUGUGCUUCGUAGAGCUGAAAUGAUUUUGGACAAUGCUGAAAAGAUCAAUUGCCGUAAAUACUUGACUCCUACUGCUUUGGUUGCCGGUAAUCCCAAGUUGAAUUUGGCCUUUGUUGCUCAUCUCUUCAACACUCACCCUGGUUUGGAACCUUUGUCUGAAGAAGAAGCUCCUGAGAUUGAAGAAUUUGAUGCUGAAGGCGAACGUGAAGCUAGAAUGUUUACUCUCUGGCUCAACAGUUUGAAUGUUGAACCUGGUGUUUACAACUUGUUUGAAGAUUUACAAGAUGGUUUGGUCUUGUUACAAGCCUUUGAAAAGGUUGCCCCUGGUAUUGUUCAAUGGCGUGCUGUCAGCAAGAAACAACCUCUUUCUCGCUUCAAGCAAAUUGAAAACUGUAACUAUGUUGUCUCUCUCGGUCAGCAAUUACACUUUUCUCUUGUUGGUAUUCAAGGUUCUGAUAUUGUGGAUGGUCAGAGAACAUUGACUUUAGGUCUUACAUGGCAAUUGAUGCGUGAAAACGUUGUUCAUACGUUGCAAUCCCUCAACAAAAACGGUCGUUCGAUUUCUGAUCAAGAUUUGAUCCGUUGGGCUAAUGACACUGUUCAACGUGGAGGCAAAACCUCAAAGAUGCAGUCCUUCAAGGAUCCUUCUCUUAGCACAGGUAUCUUCUUCUUGGAUGUCUUGAAUGGUAUCAAACCUGGCUAUGUUGAUUACAGCCUUGUCACUCCUGGUAGAACAGAAGAGGAUGCUUUCAACAAUGCUAAGCUGGCUAUUUCUAUUGCUCGUAAGUUGGGUGCCACUAUCUUUUUAGUGCCUGAAGAUAUUGUUGAAGUGAGACCUAAAAUGAACUUGACCUUUAUUGGUAGCUUAAUGCAAGUUGAUAAGGACAUCAAUCAUGCAUAAAUCACCUCUCUCUCUCUUUUUUUUUUUCUUUUAUACAGUGUACGAUCUAAAUAGCAUAUAAUCUCGUAAAUAAAUGACUCUUCCAUCCCCUUUUCUUUCUUUUGCAUAAAGAAUGGUUGUAGAUCACUGUAAAAAAAA